AUAGGCGCGCGACUUCGCAUACAACAGGUCUACAGCUUCUGUCCUCAGACAGUUGGAUACGUUGAGCGGCAUGGAAGCUAAGUUUUUCUCGGCGGUGAUGAUUUUGAUUACUCUCUUGUUCGCUGAUGGCGAUGAAGGUAAGUGAGUCUUUCCUUCUAGGAUAAAAAAAAUCUGGUCUUAGACUAAAUUGUAAUGCUUUUCUUAGCUCUAUUUUCGGGCAGCCAUGCCUAAUGGGCAAAGUUUCAAGCGAUGUAACUUUGAACAGAAACAAAAUACAACAAAUGCUGAUAAAUGAGCUUGAUCUAUAGGAUUAAUUCCGCGACUCUUGACCCAUUUAAGGUGAUGAUCCACCAAUUCUCAUCACGAUUGCCUGAAGCGCGAUGAUGAAACGUUAGCUCCAGCUUUUCAACGAGCGUUUUAAUUUUUUUUUUCUUUUUUUUUUCAUAACGUUAUCUUUCCUUUUCUUUUUGCGUUUGCGCCAUUUGUUCCUCUAUAGCUCGCCAUUGUUGUUUCGUUGGCACUCUAGAAGAUUUGAACUGUGAUCGUGUGCGAACUAAAUACUAAUAAAAUAUGUAACUCUCAUACACUGUUAUGAUACCAGAAAGGCUUGAUCAUUUGCCGUUCAAUCUUCGACAAAAUCGGGAGCGACCUCAGUUUAGCGACCUACACAAAUCAGUACCUUUAUCUUUCAUUUUUCUUCAAUUAUCUAUUUAUUUAUCAUUGAAUUCACCGCUGCACUGUAGUUUCCGUUUGAGCUGUAUGUAUGUCGCAGAUUUUUGUUGAUAUAAAUCUUCUAUUCGUUUCGUAAUUUUUUAAACUGAGAAUUAAGAAAGGCCAAAUACGGCCUGAAAUACGUGUUCUCAUCGUUUAAACUAACACUACGGCCGUCAGCAACCGCGGUGAGCGGCAACAAAUGCAACAAAUCACGUGCGGUAAUGUCAAAUGUUGUUUCAGGUUACUUCAUCAAUGUUCAUUUAUCGGCUCCCUUGCAAAGAUUGUUGCCGAUAAAGCUCGACAAAUUGAUAAUUAUUUUUCUAGAUAAGAGAAGUUUCCGUCCCUCUGUAGGGGUGAACUUAUCUUACCGGUUUCCACCACUUCAAACCAUCAGACCGCGUUGUUCCCGAUCGUCAGUGUAACAAUAUGUGAUCAUUGUUUACCUUCUCGAUAUUAUUUAAAUAUCCUCACUCUCAUCGUUUGUUUCGCGAUACUGACUCACGGGAAAUUGUUGCUUGCAAAUUUUCAACGGCGAUACACGGCUUUUCCCCACCAAGUGACUGAUGGAGCUUCCGUAAACUUGUCGCUAAAUGUCUGCAGACAGAUGCUAUAAGUACCUUUUGUUCUCUUCGUUAUUCCGGCAUGUUGUUGACCGGCUUUUGUAGGCAUCCAGGCUCCGGGAGGUCGUUUUUCUUUCUCCUUAUUGAUGUUAAUGGACUAAGUCAGGAGAUCAUUGUUGAAAGGUUCUUCGACUCGUUUUACGGUAUAUCAUUGGAGGCCAUAUCGAUCUCGAGAUGAACAAUUGAUUACUUUGGUGUCACUCAUAGUCCUUGCAAUCUGGUCAGCUACCAGCAGUUCUAUUAAGUACAAGUCAGUGCUCCCUUUUCGUUUCUAACUCUGAUAAAUUUACUAUUCAAUGAGAAAGUGAUAAUUCAAAUCGCAGGAAAACGGAUGAUAAAACAAAGGCAUUUAAGGGCCAGUUUUUCCAAAAAUUUUGCUGUUUUGCUUCUACAUCUUUUUAGGUGUACUAAUCGAAAUCCUGUUAUUUUGGGAAGCGGAAUCAAAAGGAGUGCGUCGUGCAAGUUUGGUCUGGAAGUAUACACAUCAAUUUUCAUUCAAACGAGUUCGCGUGCGUUUUAGUUCAGACCAUAGUUAGUAGAGGGGACUCCCUCCAUUAACUAUGUUCAGACCAAGUAACUGUCGCUCCACUCAAUAACUUAUUACUGUGUAUCGUAAGACAAACGUCAGACAUUCACCUACUCCAGCUAAACAAUGUUCUUCAAAAUGAGAGUGGUUUCGUUUUGUUUUACUGGCCAUCAUUUUUUAGGUUCAUCAGUUACUGCAAGAGCUCCAACCUCUCGGAAGACAGCUAACGGUGAAAUCGCUCAUUUUACCUGCACCUUAAAAUACAAUCUUUCUUCUGCCGAAAUCACGUGGCAGAAACAAGGGCACAAUCUGAGAGAUGGUAGCUCUGGUGUAGUGAUAAUAUCCUGGAACAACGGCACCAUCUUGGAAAGUCAUCUUCUUGUUGCAGUGACGGAUGAUGACGAAAGGAGAGGUACUUACACAUGUGUUGGGACAGAUGAAGAUGGACAAUCACGAAGAUCAUUUGUGAUACAAGGUGAGCUUUCAUUUAAGCAAUACUUGAUCAGAGACAUUUUCAAUUGAGUGUCGAAAAUAAUCCACGACUUCUUUUGCUUUGCUUUACGUCGAACCAUUACGGUUCAGGCACUUCAGGCAGUUUCCAACCCACAUAUAAGUCGCACUUUCUACAUUGUGUUACACUGGUAAACAAAACAGUUUUCAUUUGGUGUCGAAAGUAAUCCGCGAUCAUUGCCUUGGCUCUCCUUUGUCCCGAAAAGUCGCGCCCUCCUUUCAACCAAUCAAAUGCAAAACAAACCCGACUUAGUCGCUCGCGUCCUCCCGCGCUUCAAGCGAUUUGUUUGUUUUCCCUUUGAAUGUCAUUGGCUAAUGAUAAUAUAAACCUUUGUUCUGACUGGUCGUUGGGAUUACUUUGGUCAAAAGUCGUAAUCUGAUAACUACAUUUUCCGGUGCUUGUGAACUUUCUUGGGUAAUUUUGGUAACGUAAACGAAUCUUUCAUGAGACAAAAUAAAUUCGUAUGUUCAUUAUUACUUAUGCAAUAAUAGCCAAUAUCAUUUCGAUAUAUUUUCAGGCCAAGCAGCAAAGAAGCUGAGUGACGUUGAUUACACUGCCAUUGGCGUGGCGAUUGGAAUCUUUCUGUGUCUUUCUACGGUGAUUCUUGUUUACUUGGUCCGGGGCCGAAAGCGUCUUCAAGAAGGAAAGUUAAGAACAAUGACAACAAUAUCUCAAUCAGUAACUGGGCAUGUAAGUCGCCUUUAGAUUCGUCUAUUUAUUUUACUUACGCUUUCCUGGGCGUACCUAAAACAUCAUGCUCAUUGAGAAAGCAAAUUAUUUUGCAGUAUACCUGCCUCGAAUUCUGUCAAGAAACAGAUUUUCUCAGAUCUAGCCAUUGUUAAGAGUAUUAGGUUAUCAAGCUUUCGAAAGAGGCACCUGCCGAGAAAAUGAGUCAUACGCGUAAGAGAAAUAAGAAUUGGUGAUUUUGUGAGAGUGGCUUUGGCGUACUUGUGUGGGUCUCUCAUGUCACUUGCAUGCGCCAGUUUAUCGAGAGCCUACAAUGUAUUAUAACAUUUACAGAUACUACAUACUAAGCUGUCAAAUUCUAUGCGUGCGCCUGUUUAAUACGAUGGUUUCUUCGAGCUGAAGGCGAUUUCCAUGUAUGGGACGAAUAGAAAUACGAUAUUCAUAUCAAAUUAAAAAUCAGUUAUACUUAUGACUACGACACGAUAUCUGUUUAUUCGCACUCAGAAUGUUGUGACAAAUUCUCUUUUUGUUUUCCUUUUUAUAUAUAUGUAGGACAAUGCUGCUGUCGAAGAAGGAGUGAACACAAGUGCUGGAAUCACCCUUAAUACUCUAACUGAUCAGAGCCCUUCUAAUAAGGACUCUAAGCUGUAAAGCUUGCGUCUUAGAAAGUCGCCCGUCACCACCGUCCUCCUCGGCUUGCGUAUUCCUGCCUGCUUCCUUACAGCUGAUAGCAGACUAUUUAAGCUUUUUUUGUAAGACGCAUGGUGAAUAGUUCCACUUUAGGACCUCUUCAGCCUGACAAAUACCCUGGUAUGCAAUGGUGGAGGGGUUUAUAUCCGAGCUGAUAAAAACUUUGAAAUUAUUUUAUGGAGAAGAGCAGGUUAGAGUACUGAGGCCCAGUCUUUUUAUCCUCUCAUCACUUGAACAAAAAAUCGAGUGGAACCUGUGUAUUGUGGUUUUAUUUACAGUCCGAGAUGUUCUUCUCCUCGAAUUUCAAUUUCAAAAUUUUCUCAAAAUGCACGCGGGAUGUGGGAUUGGCUACAGGAGUCUAUAAGGAAUAACGCUUGAUGCUGUUCAUCAUGGAAUGAGCAGAUAGCCUUACGAAUUAAAGAGACGCGCCCUUAUCACGAAAAACCAUGCAUUGUAUAAGGAAAAGAUUUAUAAAAAGGUUCAACUUUUUCUUCUUGCUCUUCCCUUGUGCAGUUUGAUAGCUUGUAAUGAAGUAUGACAAAAAGACAACAACAAUAACGACACGCUUUGUUUACAUGGCUAUAACAGGAUAUUAAAGUGUUUCAGAACAAUUAGAAUUUAACUAUUGUCAAAGGAAAGGAAAAAGAAAUUUUAAGGGAAUUAUUUUUAUUAUUAAAUAUUUUUGCUGCAAUUAGUUGGCCUCUUAUUUCAAAGUAAGGUGAG